AUGGAUCAAGGCACGUAUUUCUUUUUUGCAGCGCUUUCCGGCCUCCAAUAUGCCGCCCAGCUUUUGGACGUCACUGCGUUGUUACGCGCGGAGGCCAUGUCAACAGACGAAUCCCAGGUUGUCAAAACGCUGCGGGCUCAGACCACUUGCAUUGCGUGGUCGUCGCAAGCUAAUUUCAAUAUGUCGCCGGUGCCGCUACUUGACGGCUCUCUUUUGGCCAUUGCAAAUCGAGCCGGUUCUACUUAUCCGUUAUACAAACGCGAGAUCAUGAUGAACAGGCUUGUUCGGAAUCUCGAUGGGUCAUGGGACACCUGUACAGUAGCCACCAUUUCUCUCAGCGACAAAUGGGUCAAUUACAUUGCAUGGUCCAAUUGGGUGUCGUCGGAGCGUGGAGAAUGUGAGGCACAUUUAGCAUGUGGAGUGACUGAUGGGUCUAUUGCUGUUAUCCGCGUUGCUCAGGCUCUUCAGUCUAGACCGUCCGCAUCUGGUCUCAUACCUCAUUACGAGAUUGAAUGCAACUUCAGCGUCCAAGAUGACAAAGCCUGCGAGAGCGACGGUCGAAGCAUUACGAGCUUGCAAUGGAUCAACGUGAUAGAUUGUUGCAUUCUGUCAUAUACCAAGCCUGGCUGCGUCUAUCUGCGACGUCAUCCAUUAGGCAGUGGAAGCUGGUCGGAUACCCGAAAGAUCCCGCUUCACACACAAAAAGUAUCGGUUGGCGCCUCCGCGUUAUGUUCAGUGUCUGGAACCGCCUACAUCUCGAGAACAGACACGCUGGUGCUUUCGCUGGCAGAUGGGUCUUUCCAUGUUAUUCAUGCAGUGUCGACGGAACCCUCCACGGAGCCUCUACACUCUGGUCACCAUCUCACCUCCGAGACUAUAUCCCGUGCGAUCCGUGCGGUCUUUGUCAAGGCUGAGCCUGAACCAAGUUCCACAAAGGAUAUCCAACGGAUCUACGGGACGACCUCUUAUGAUGGCUAUGCCACAUUUGUGUGGUUACAUGAGAAAUCCCGUCCUACGGAAUUUAACUACAAACACGAGGCCAGACACGUCAGCAUGCUUGUUGUAGCUCGAUUGUCAGAUGGCUACUAUACGGACGAGGAUGUGUUACUCGAACUUCACGACCGCGUGAACGGUGCUUGUGCUGGCGCGGCUGAAUGCCCCGAUUCUUUGCUACGCCCUAUCCUGUCUCAGCUGCGAGAACCAGCGGUGUUUUCACGCGUAUACAAAGGUGUUUUGAAUAUCCUACAGAAUCCUCUCGUAUGGGACAAUAUCCCGCAAGUGAUAAUUCCUGCCGCUGUCGGUGAUUUGACGUCAGAUACUCGACGUGAUUUCAGGAGAAGUCUUUCCAUGCAUUUCUUCGGUUGGGAUGUCUUACUGUCCCUCCGCAUGCGGUAUGUAGUGGCGGAAUACUGCAAGAAUACUACGGAUGAUCCUGGAAUUCGGCAGGCAUUUGAUGUGAUUUCAACAUCGAUAUUCGUUGCUAUCAUGCAUCACACGCUGCGGACAAUAAUACGACACAUCGCCGCAGUCAUGAACCUGCUAUCUCCCGCCGACAUGCCCUUUGUGCUACGCGUGGCCGUACAAGCCUCGCUUCCCGGGUCUGCGGUAGACCUAACGAGGGAGGCGGAUGAGCUACUGAUGAAGUUGAAAGAUGCGGUUCUUCGAAAUGACCAACCGCCACCGGGAGUGAUCGGUCUAAGUGAGCCAUGUCCUGCAUGUGAUACGCAAAUCCCGUUCGAGGACGUCUCUACAGCAAUCUGCCUGAAUGGCCAUGUUUGGUCCCGAUGCAGUAUUACGUUCAUUAUCCUGGCCACGCCUGCAGUGCGAACAUGUGUUGGCUGUCGGCGCAAAGCGCUACUUCCUGCGUCUUCCGCGCAGGCAUGGCUUCCCGGUGCGGUACGGGCGAGCUGGCUUGCGGCGGAAAUGUUGGAGGGAACGCGACGGUGCUUCUUCUGCGGCAGCCACUUUGUGACGCUGGUGUGA